AUGUUAUUCUCUGGCGCAUCGACGGCAAAACCGAAAAAGGAGGAGAAGAAGGACAAGCGGAGCGAUCGAGGUGAGAAAUUAAAGGUGGUGUCCAACGUGACAUACAACAUAUUUUUAAAAUAAACUUCGAAGUGGGGCAUUCACUUUCCCAAAGUCCCGAAUUACGAAAAAAAUUCCCCGAUUUUUAAGAUUUUUUUCAAAAAAGUUAAUGGUACCGAGAGAAGUACACGGUGAAAUGGAAGAGCCGGCCUAGAUUUUUCAAGUCCCCGGAUGGAAUUCCCUUUUCUUCCGAAUUUUUUCCGUUUUCAUGCAAUUUUCUUAAAUUUUCAAUCGUUUUUCCACUGAACACACUUAUUUGCAAUAUUUUUAAAAAAAUUUAUAAUUUUAUCUGUGCCGUGACGCCAAAAAAAUUCGAUAAUCUGAAACUUUUUGUUGUUUUUUUCCGGGUUUUUUUCGGUCAAUCUUCGGUUUGCGCGCUGAAAAAAAUAAAUAGAGUUUUACAAAAAGUGGCUGAAUUUCUGAAUUUUGCUGAAUUUUGAAAGUUUCAGAUUAUCGAUUUUUUUGGCGUCACGACACAGAAAAAAUCAUAAAUUUUUUUAAAUAUUGCAAAUAUGUGUGCUCAGUGAAAAAAACGAUUGAAAAUUUAAGAAAAUUGCACGAAAACAGAAAAAAAUCGAAAAAAAGGGGAAUUCCAUCCGGGGACUAGAAAAAUCUAGGCCGGCUCUUCCAUUUCGCCGUGUACUUCUCUCGGUACCAUUAACUUUUUUGAAAAAAAUCUUAAAAAUCGGGGAAUUUUUUUCGUAAUUCGGGACUUGCAUGGCCCACUUGGAAGUUUAUUUUUAAAAAUAUGUUGUACGUCACGUUGGACACCACCUUUAACGAGAAAACUUGGCGAGAAUUCAAGGAUGGUUGCAGACGAAAAGUACGAGCUUCAAGAGCAAGUGCUCAUCCGCUGGGCGAACCAUCUGUUGGGAACGGAGCGGCUGACCGACUACAAGAGUCUCCAGGACGGCUCGAAUGCCAUCUUCGUCUAUCAGGCGAUCGUCGGGCAGUCGAUGGCAGUGCUCGGCAGCCCCGCCGACGAUUGGCCCAACAUUUUGCAGUACGUCGGCGACGCGAAAACCAAUCCGGCCGAGGUGAUCGAGGGCCAGCAGAAGGCCGUGCUUCAGGCCUGGUGGCAACUCGUUCUGUUCUUCUGGAAGAACCGCGCGCCCGCGCAGUUGAGGGACGAAAAGGUACGCGAUUCGGUUGAGAACCGGCAGAGAAUGGGCUAGAACUGAAAGCAACACAUCGAAAACGGACAGAAAGGCGCUGUUCGCAAGGCCGCGACGUUCACCAAACGUUUGAUCCUCAGUCUGUGCAUUUUUGCGUGUCGGUGUUGCUCUGCGUACAGUGCAUUUUAUGUUACGCGCAAAGUUCCUUUUUUUUAGUUGUUCAUGAAUUUUUUCCAAAUAUUCAUCUCUUUAAAGCGUUUUUCUCCACUUUCUCCCUCAAUUAGACUUUUUUACAGAUUCUAGAUGAAGUAAUACGCGAAGAGAAGUCGAUGCGAUGAAAAGAAACGCGUAAGUAAGUGAAAGUAAGGUUUUAUUCAGAAAAUGCACGAUUUCUCGAAAAACGUGACUAGAUUUUCUAAUCUUUUGGUUUAAAAAGUUCACUAACAUGACUGUGAAUGUUUUCGAACCAAAAAGAAGUAGAGUGACGGCUCAAUUUCGCGGAAAAACCGAUCGCUUGCCGGAAAACAGUGAAAUUUCGUUGAAAAAAAUGUUUUUCUGCUUCUGCGAACUGUCACUCUGCUUUUUUUUUGGUUCGAAAACAUUUACAGUCAUGUAAGUGAACUUUUUCAACCAAAAGAUUCGAAAAUCUAGAAACGUUUUUCGAGAAAUCGUAUAUUUUCUGAAUAAAACAUUGCUUUCAUUUACUUACGCGUUUCUUUUCAUCGCGUCGACUUCUCUUUUUAGAAAGUUCACUUACAUGACUGUGAAUGUCUUCGAAUCAAAAAAAAAGUAGAGUGACAGCUCGCUUUCGCGUAAAAUUUGGUCUUUUGCCGGAAAACAGUGACAUUUCGUUGAAAAAAACAUUUUUCUCAAAAACCGUCUCUAGAUUUUCUACUUUUUUUGUUUAAAUAGUUCACUUACAUGACUGUGAAUGUUUUCGAACCAAAAAAAGUAGAGUGCCAGUUCGUAGAAGCAAAAAAAAAAUUUUUUUCAACUUAAUUUCACUGUCUUCCGGCAAACUAUCGGUUUUUCCGCGAAAUCGAGCUGUUACUCUACUUUCUUUUGGUUCGAAAACAUUCACAGUCAUGUAAGUAAAGUUUUUUAACCCAAAGGUUAGAAAAUCUAGUCACGUUUUUCGAGAAAUCGUGAAUUUUCUGAAUAAAACCUUACUUUCACUUACUUACGCGUUUCUUUUCAUCGCAUCGACUUCUCUUCGCGUAUUACUUCAUCUGGAAUCUGUAAAAAGGUCUAAUUGAUCUAGAAAGGAGAGAAAACCGCUUUAAAGAGAUGAAUAUUUGGAGAAAAUUCAUCAACAACUAAAAAAAAAGAAUUUUGCGCGUAACAUAAAAUGCACUGUACGCAGAGCUACACCGACGCGCAAAAAUGCAUACCAUUUAUCUGCGAAGCCGCGCCGUGGCCGCAAAGUAAUUUUCCACUGAAAACGUGGCCUAACUUUUCAAAAUCGACCCCGAGCUCGCUCAAUUUGCAUUGCAAAACGAGUUUCUCAACAGAGCGCCAAUUCUGUGCGGUGCCCCUAUAAUAUGAGACGUUUCGGGUGAAAAAAACUGUGCAAACUGUCGCUGGCAAGACGUUAUAAUAAUAAUAAUAAUAACACAUUUAUUCUCUUCAGCCACCUAGGAAUAAAAUUAACAACAACAAAAAAGAAAGAAGAGAAAAAGAGGGCGUUGCGAAACGAAAAGAGACACGAAACGCGCGUGUAGAUCAGAGUUGAGCGGAAGAAUUUUUAUCUUUUUUAGAAAAUUUUUUCAUGAAAUGUGAUCAACUGACGAAAUGUAUAGCAAAGUGAACUCUGCUCAUCGAAAAAUAAUUGUAAAUUUAGCUUUUCAUACAAAAAAGUUAUUCGAGUUGUUCCGUGAAAAUGUCCUUCCGUCUUCGAUUAGCCCUCAACUUUUUUGUAUGAAUCGCUAAAUUUACAAUUAUUUUUCUAUAAGGAGAGUUCAGUUUGCUAUACAUUUCGUCAGUUGAUCACAUUUCACGAAAAAAUUUUCUAAAAAAGAUAAAAAUUCUUUCGUGUUGGUGUCGGCCAAAACGAUCUCUUCUUUUUCCUCGUUGACCAACCCGCCUAUCUUCCAAAAGGCCGCGAACGCUGGAGUGUCGUUCCCGUCCGCUCGCACAGUCUGUUUUCCGCAUUUUCAGUUGUCCGAGGCGAUAAAGCAAUGGUGCAUCGAAGUGACGAAGGCGUACGACGAAAUCGACGUCUACGAUUUCACGUCUUCGUUCCGUGACGGCCACGCAUUCAAUUAUCUCAUCCACUCGUACGAGUACGUUCCUCCUCUCUCUCUCUCCAUCACGGCCUUCACAUUUUUAUGCGUUUUCAGCAAAAAACUGAUUAAUCUUGCGAAGACGGCCGAAAUGAGUGCAAUCGAUCGGAUCGAGAACGCGUUCGCCGUCGCCGAAAAAGAGUGGGCGGUCCCGAGACUGCUGAGUCCCAGAGGUACAGUUUUUGCACUUGUAACUGUGAAAAAUGAUUGAACAGCUACUGUCAAGUUGCAGUUUUUCGGCGAUGUUAUUGUAGAUUCACUUUUGCAGGCGUUUGAAAGGAAUAUGAAGAGAUGCAGAGUGCGGAGAUAUAUUAUCGGCCUAAAAAGGCUUCCACCCAUUAUUUGACGCCUAGUACUUGAUUUUUGUAAAAGACAACUUUUUUCUACGACCACUCCCUACGGUACUGUACGACAAAUUCCAAUUCUAACUUUCAAGAGCUACAGUAACCCUGGAAGCCGUUGUACACAAAACUUGUAAACUACAAAAGCGAAGCUCACAUUUAGUACUAUAAAUUUGUAGUUGACACCUUUUUCGUAAAACCCAUGCCUGGAGUACUGUAGCUCUUGGAAGUUGGGGCUGAACUGCGCAUGCUUCGAAUCGGCGCCAACUUCCAAGCGCUACAGUACUCCAGAAAGAGGUUGUCCGAAAAAGAUGUCAACUACAAAAAUCAAGUAGAAUGGGUCAAGAUUUGAGUGUCAAACUAGUACAGACUCUACCCCAAACCACUAUAAAAACCAGAAAUUUCUCUCUUUCAUCAUGGGGGGGGGGUCUCCCAUAAAAACUGUUUUUCUCUCUCUCUCUCUUCUUCUUCUUCUUCUUCUUCUCCGUUCAUCAGCGAGAGAAGGAGAGAGAGAGAGAGUGAUCAGAAAGUAGAAAUGCAGACGGUAAAACCGCCAUUACGCAAUUCGCCAUCGCAAAUCGGAUGACCCCCUCGGGCCGUCUAUCUCUAUCACCAAGAGAGAAAGAGAGAAAGAGAGAGAGAGAGAAAGAGAAAGAGAGAGAGAGAGAGUGUGUAUCUUUUCGAAAGUAUACGGACUGCCCAUACCCAUAGAAUUGUACAAUAUCCGUUCGCGAAAUUCCAGUCACUUUUUCGAUUUUUGUCCAACAAAGUUGAUCGUUUCAUUCGACCUCCGUGUAUCCGUGUAACCAUACAAUAGUCGUUGGCAACUUUCCAAAGUUUGGUGACGAUUUUUUUUCGGUUGCCAUCCAUUUAACACUUUUUUUUGCCGCUCGCAAACAAGGCACCGCAAAAGAAGAGAAAAGUGAGUGAGUCAAUAAAGUGAUUACCCAUGAAUAUUGUACAAUUCUUUGCGAGAAAAAAAUGGUCCUCGUCCCGUGAACUGUCGGCUGCACGCUCCCUCAAGCCUUUUUGCGUGCCGUCGGACGUUUUUUUUCGUUUUUCGGUUUUUUCGACAUUUUACGAGAAAAAAACGGAAUUUCUUCACAUUUUAGAAACUUUUGCGAGUUUUUUGUGGCUCUCUGUGUUCGUUUUGAUCGGAAUUCCGUCUUCCGCCUUCCGCCUUCCGCUUUUUCGAAAAAAAAAACCGUUUUUUCCCGCUGCCCACAACUUUUUGAGUUGACAGACCCGUGUGCGAACUCCUAAUAACUCUUUUCUCUCUCUCUCUCUCUCUCUCUCUCUUGUUUCAUCCUUUUUGUCAACAUGAGCCAUGAAGUGUGCGCGAGAAAGUGUGUCUCUAGCUCUUUCUCACUGUUUUUCUCGCAAAUUUUGUGAUAUUCAAGAGAUUAAUGCGGUCUCAACAAUUUUUGAGACUCCUACAAAGUGUGGAUUACGGUAGUAUACUAUGAUCUAUCAAUAUUUAUCCGGUGACGUCUUCUUCUUCUUUCUCUCUCUCUCUCUCUCUCUUUCCGAUUCGCUUUCUUUGGGACAAGAGAGUGACAAACAACAUAUUUUUAAAAUAAAGUCCAAGUGGGGCAUUCACUUUCCCAAAGUCCCGAAUUACGAAAAAAAAUUCCCCGAUUUUUAAGAUUUUUUUCAAAAAAGUUAAUGGUACCGAGAGAAGAACUACACGGCGAAAUAGAAGAGCUGGCCUAGAUUUUUCUAGUCCUCCCGGAUGGAAUUCCCCUUUCUUCCGAAUUUUUUCCGUUUUCGUGCAAUUUUCUUAAAUUUUCAAUCGUUUUUUCACUGAACACACUUAUUUGCAAUAUUUAAAAAAUUAAUGUUUUUUUCUGUGCCGUGACGCCAAAAAAAUCGAUAAUCUGAAACUUUUUUUUCCAGUAUUUCCGGGUUUUUCGCUCAAUCUUCGGUUUGAAAAAUAAAUAGAAAGAGAUGGCUCAAUCAUUUCCUGAGUCUAAAUUAAAGUUUGCGAGUUACAGAAAGAUAUAUUUUUCAAAGUAAUGCGAAAAAUCCAAAACUUUCUAUUUUCAGUUUUACAAAAAGUGGCUGAAUUUUGAAAGUUUCAGAUUAUCGAUUUUUUUGGCGUCACGGCACAGAAAAAAUCAUAAAUUUUUUUUAAAUAUUGCAAAUAAGUGUGCUCAGUGAAAAAACGAUUGAAAAUUUAAGAAAAUUGCACGAAAACGGAAAAAAAUUGGAAAAAAGGGGAAUUCCAUCCGGGGGGACUAGAAAAAUCUAGGCCAGCUCUUCCAUUUCGCCGCCAACUUUUUUGAAAAAAAUCCUAAAAAUCCGGGUAAUUUUUUUUUCGUAAUUCGGGACUUUGGGAACGUGAAUGGCCCACUCCGAAAUUUAUUUAAAAAAAUAUGUUGUAUAUCACGUUAGACCCUUUUUUAUCGGAUUUUUGUAUUUUUGUCGGAUAACGUCUGGGCAACGUGGCAAAAAUUAGAACAAUACGCAUAAAAAGAAAGAAAGCGGCGGCGGCGCCGUCGUCGAAAAUGUAAUACAAUUGAAUCGAAAGUGCUUUACAACACUCUGCAACCUUGUCCGUUCGCUCGUCCAUAACACAAUCGUAAUCGUAAAAGCAUCGAGACGUGCACACAGGUGUCAUUGCGCAAAUUUAUGCGAACGAUUCAAUUACCGUUUUAUGCGAUCAUUACCAGCUGUUCUGCACCAGGUCUCUGAAGCUUUUCCGGGCAUUUUAGUGCAUUUCUCUCGACUUUUCUCGCAUUUCUUGUGAGUUUGCAAUUAAAAUGAUCGAAAACGUCGCAAAAAUAUGGGCAAAUAUUGUAGUAUGUACACUAAAUAUUGUAGAUCUCCACAGCGAGCAACUCGAUUCUCACUCGGUGCUGUGCUACUUGAUGAACCUGUAUCUGGCGAUGAUUUCCAAUAGUAAAAUCGAGGUACCGUACCCAGUUUUUUUUGUGUCGCUACAGUAACCUACCGUAAUGGUUUAGGGCGAAAUAAUCGAAGCGCAGCAGCAGAAAGUGGCGGCGCUUCAUGCGAGUCACAAAAUGCAAUCGCAACCUUCCACAUCUUCAGGUAAAUCUCGUAUAAUAUUAAAAAGCAAUUUGAAAUUAUAUAUAUAUUAUAGGUCUACAAAUUCCACAAACACCGCCAGGCCAUCAGAAUCCGCAGCUCUCGGCCGGGCAUCCUCUUGAUCGGGGCAAAAGUUUCGAGCAAUCUCUAGAGGUAAGGAUUACGGUACUUUUGGUACUCUCCAGGUGUACGUGUACAUCUAGUAGAUACAGAUAUUUAAAGCCAAAACCAACGACGUUUCCAGUUUUUUCCUGAUAAUGAAAUAUUGGUCAAGUUUGAAUGACUAUUGUAGAGCUAGUAGACGUCCCAUUGUGCUGAAAAGUUUUAAGUGAAAACUUUAGGUCUAGUACAAUGUUUUUCUAGUUGACCACGUUUUUGUACGAUCACUUCCUGGAGUACUGUAGCUCUUGGAAGAUGGGAUCGAUUUGUGCAAACUUCCAAGAGCUACAGCAACUUUGCGAAUGAUUGCACCGAAAAGUUGUCAAUUACAAAAAUAAAGUUCAUGUCAGGUACUAUAAUUUUGCAGUUGACAACUUUCUCAUACAACCACUCCCUGGGUUACUGUAAUUUUUGCAGAGUCAAAGCGAAGUGCGUUCGCGUAAAUCGUCGUCCUCGUCGCAAAAGUCGGGAAAAUCGAAAAAAGUGCGUCGCGAGGAGCAGUUGGCCGAAUUCAAAUCGUGCAUCGAACAAGUGCUCACGUGGCUUCUCGAGGCCGAGGACGAACUCGCCACGCUCGUCUCGAUGCAACGGACCGAGCUGGCGGCGGUGCGCGCCCAAUUCGCCGACUUUGAAAUCUUCAUGUCGAGCCUGACCGACAGUCAGGACACGGUCGGACGCGUUCUUUUGAGGGGCCAAAUGCUGAGCAAUAAAGCGGAAAACGAGGAGGAGAAGGAGGCGAUCGGCGGCAAACUUCAUCUGGUGAACACGAGAUGGGAGGCGCUGAGAGAGCAGGCGAUGCACGAACAGGCACUAUUGCAGCAGCAGAUCAACCAGUUGCAGCAGAGGUAAUUUUGAUUUUUUUUUAAAUGAUUGUUUUUUGUUUUUUUCGUUUUUUUUACGUCAAAAAAUCCAAUUCAGCGAUGUAAAAAAACGAAAAAAACGGAAAACAAACAUACGCUGAAUAGCCCCAUUUCAGGAUAAGGCUGGCUAACGUCUAUUUAAAUGUGGUGUCCAACUUGACAUACAACAUAUUUUUAAAAAUAAACUUCAAAGUGGGCCAUUCACUUUCCCGAAGUGCCGAAUUACGAAAAAAAUUCCCCGAUUUUAAAGAUUUUUUUCAAAAAAGUUAAUGGUACCGAGAGAAGUGGUGCACGGCGAAAUGGAAGAGCUGGCCUAGAUUUUUCUAGUCCCCCCCCCCCGGACGGAAUUCCCCUUUUUUCCGAUUUUUUCCGUUUUCGUGCAAAUUUCUUAAAUUUCAAUCGGUUUUUUCACUGAACACACUUAUUUGCAAUAUUUAAAAAAAUUUAUGUUUUUCUGUGCCGUGACGCUAAAAAAUCGAUAAUCUGAAACGUUCAAAAUUCAGCGAAAUUCAGAAAAAAUCAGUCACUUUUUGUAAAACCGAAAAUAGAAAGUUUUGGAUUUUUCGCAUUACUUUGAAAAAUAUAUCUUUCUGUAACUCGCAAACUUUAAUUAACACUCAGGAAAUGAUUGAGCGAUCUCUUUCUAUUUAUUUUUUUUUUCAGCGCGCAAACCGAAGAUUUAACGAAAAACCCGGAAAAACACCAAAAAAAGUUUCAGAUUAUCGAUUUUUUUGGCGUCACGGCACAGAUAAAAUUUUAAAUUUUUUUAAAUAUUGCAAAUAAGUGUGCUCAGCGAAAAAACCGAUAGAAAAUUUAAGAAAUUUGCACGAAAACCGAAAAAAAUCGAAAGAAAGGGGAAUUCCAUCCGGGGGACUAGAAAAAAAUCUCGGCCAGCUCUUCCAUUUCGCCGUGCACCACUUCUCUCGGUACCAUUAACUUUUUUGAAAAAAAUCUUUAAAAUCGGGGAAUUUUUUUUUCGUAAUUCGGGACUUUGGGAAAGUGAAUGGCCCACUUUGAAAUUUAUUUUAAAAAUAUGUUGUUUUUCCGUUUUUCGUUUUUUUACAUCGCUGAAUUGGAUUUUUUGACGUAAAAAAACGAAAAAAAAACGGAAAACAAUCAUUUUUUCCACAGCCUAUGAGACUACUAUUGUACCACCAACAUUUUGCAGUGAACUCGACGCGAUCAGCCAGUGGCUCGACGCGACACACCUCGAAAUCGAAUCGUUCGGCGCGCUAGCGUCAGACUCGACGCUAGCGCUCAAACAAAUCGAGGUGCACACGAAAUUCCAGCAAAAACUCAACAACUUCCAAGAGACCAUCGACCGACUCGAGAGCUUCGUGGCCGUCGUCGACGAGGAGAACGACGUGUCGGUGGCGAAUCUCGAAGACGCGCUCAGCGCGGUCUCUGUCCGCUGGGCGCACGUCUGCGAGUGGGCCGAGAAACGGGCCGCCAAGCUCGACGGCCUCGCGGAUCUACUCGACCGCACCAACGAGGUGUUCGAGCAGCUGUCCGAUUGGCUCACCGACCGCGAGAAUGAGGUCUUGGGGCUGAAGUCGGCGCAUCAUUUGGAGGACGAACUACAAGUGGCGCAACAAGUUCGACGCCUUCAACAAAUCGAAGAGGCGUUGGAGGCCGAGCACGCAAGUUUUGUGAAGCUUUCGCAGUUGUCGUGCGAGCUCGUCGCUCGGCUCGACGAUAGUAAUGGCGCGGCGGCGAACGACGUGCGCACGAGUCUGGACUCGAUCACUCAGCGAUGGGACAACCUUGUCGCGCGCAUCGAAGAGCACGGAAAGACGCUCGUCAAGAGCGGAAAGGCCGACGUAAAAGUGCUCGAGCAGCACAAAAAGUCGGAAGCGCUCUCGUCGGAGGGUCUCUCCACCGACACCGAAGGCGAAGAGGUCAAGAAUCAGCUGGUCGACAAGUUCCUCCUGCACAUCUCGAAACUCUCCCACGAACUGGUGCCUCUUCAGGCGUGGUCCGAGCACUUUGAAGUGUCGCGACGUGCGGAUCACGUCCGAAAAAUGAUGAACACGUGUCAGGAGAAGCUGAUUCAGAUCAAAGAUCAAGAGGCGCGAGUGAAUCGGCUGCAGCUCGAGCUGGAGAAUUUGCACGCGGCGAAACUCAACGCGAAACAGUUGAAGCGGGCGAACGACGCGUUCGAGCAGUUUGCGAAGGGAUGGGCGCGCAUUGUGACGAAGAUCAGCGAGGCGAUGAACGUGCUGACCGGACAGGCGAACGACGGAGGCGAGGAGGCGGCCGUGGCUGCGAAGAUCGAGCAGUGGAUCGAGGCCGUCGAUAAGUGCGCUUUCUUUUUUUUUUGGCCGCCUAGUGGAAGAACUCAACGGAACAAUUUUUAUCUUUUUUAGAAAAUUUUUUCAUGGAAUGUGAUCAACUGACGUAAAGCAUGUAAAGAUGUAAAGCAAAGUGAACUCUGCUCAUAGAAAAAUAAUUGUAAAUUUAGCGAUUCAUACAAAAAAGUUAUUCGAGUUGUUGCGUGAAAAUGUCCUUCCGUCUUCGGUUAGCCCUUAACUUUUUUGUAUGAAUCGCUAAAUUUACAAAUAUUUUUCGAUGAGCAGAGUUCACUUUGCUAUACAUUUCGUCAGUUGAUCACAUUUCAUGAAAAAAUUUUCUAAAAAAGAUAAAAAUUCUUCUCGUUGAGUUGUUCCGCUCAACUCACCGUCACCCAUCCCAAUUGCAGAGUCAUCAACGAACUCUCGCAAUUGCCCGUCGCCGAACGCCGUUCGCGAAUCGAAAAACUCGAGCAACAACUUCAAGUUCAGGACAAAAAUGUCGGUUUUAUCGAGAAAGACAUUGUGAAGAAGGCGAUUCUGAAGAAGGGACUCGAGAUUGCCGGAAAGCGACUGGCCGCGCUGAGAGAAGACGGCAAUUCGGGCUACGGAGAAGGAGAAAAGCAUGUGACUUUUGAGAAGGAGGAAGAAGAGGUUCCAGUAGAGAUGGUUAAUGUUCAGGUGAGUUCUAGUGGCCCCUUGUGGUCCCUCAUGCCGCGUCGUCGCGGAUUUUGCAGUCCAAAGUCGGCAGAAAUAGGCGGGAAAUCCGGGGUGCGCACAGCUGAACGAGUGUUACCGUACACCAUAAAACUACGGUAUUUUUUUGAAAAUUUGCCCAAUAAAUUUUUAAAAAUUGCAAAUAUUGUCGAGAAAUUUAAAUUUUUUUCCAAAAAAAGUUGAAAAAUUUACCCAAGAAAUUUGAAAAAAAUUUUAAAUAUUGUCGAGAAAUUUAAAUUUUUUUCAAAAAAAUACCGUGGAAAAAUUUACCCAAGAAAUUUGAAAAAAAUUUCAAAUAUUCUCGAGAAAUUUAAAUUUUUUUCCAAAAAAAUACCGUUGAAAAAUUUACCCAAUAAAUUUGCAAAAAAAUUUCAAAUAUUGUCGAGAAAUUUAAAUUUUUUUCAAAAAAAAUACCGUUGAAAAAUGUACCCAAGAAAUUUGAAAAAAAUUUCAAAUAUUGUCGAGAAAUUUAAAUUUAAAAAAACCGUUGAAAAAUUUACCCAAGAAAUUUGAAAAAAAUUUCAAAUAUUCUUGAGAAAUUGAAGUUUUUUUCAAAAAAAUACCGUUGAAAAAUUUACCCAAGAAAUUAAAAAAAUUUCAAAUAUUCUUGAGAAAUUUAAAUUUAAAAAAACCGUUGAAAAAUUUACCCAAGAAAUUUGAAAAAAAUUUCAAAUAUUCUCGAGAAAUUUAAAUUUAAAAAAACCGUUGAAAAAUUUACCCAAGAAAUUUGAAAUAUUUAAAAUAUUUUUCGAGAAAUUUAAAUUUAAAAAAACCGUUGAAAAAUUUACCCAAGAAAUUUGAAAAAAAUUGAAAAUAUUCUCGAGAAAUUUAAAUUUAAAAACCGUUGAAAAAUUUACCCAAGAAAUUUGAAAAAAAUUUCAAAUAUUCUCAAGAAAUUUAAAUUUUUUUAAAAAAAUACCGUUGAAAAUUUAAAAUAUUGUCGAGAAAUUUAAAUUUUUUUGAAAUAAUACCGUUGAAAAAUUUACCCAAGAAAUUUGAAAAAAAUUUAAAAUAUUCUUGAGAAAUUUAAAUUUAAAAACCGUUGAAAAAUUUACCCAAGAAAUUUGAAAAAAAUUUCAAAUAUUCUUGAGAAAUUGAAGUUUUUUUCAAAAAAAUACCGUUGAAAAAUUUACUCAAGAAAUUUGAAAAAAAUUUAAAAUAUUCUUGAGAAAUUUAAAUUUAAAAAAACCGUUGAAAAAUUUACCCAAGAAAUUUGAAAAAAAUUUCAAAUAUUCUCGAGAAAUUUAAAUUUAAAAACCGUUGAAAAAUUUACCCAAGAAAUUUGAAAAAAAUUUAAAAUAUUUUUCGAGAAAUUUAAAUUUUUAAAAAAACCGUUGAAAAAUUUACCCAAGAAAUUUGAAAAAAAUUGAAAAUAUUCUCGAGAAAUUUAAAUUUUUUUAAAAAAAUACCGUUGAAAAAUUUACCCAAGAAAUUUGAAAAAAAUUUCAAAUAUUCUUGAGAAAUUUAAAUUUUUUUCAAAAAAAUACCGUUGAAAAUUUACCCAAGAAAUUUGAAAAUAUUCAAAUAUUCUCGAGAAAUUUAAAUUUUUUUCAAAAAAAAUACCGUAGUUUUAUGGUGUACGGUAACACUCGUUCAGCUGUGCGCACCCCGGAUUUCCCGCAAUUUUCUACCGACUUUGGACUGCAAAAUCCGCGAGAUUUGCGGGGUUUCCGAGAGACUUUGGACGCGACAUCAGAAAAACAAUACAUUACAGAGCGAGCAAUCGCUGCUGAACGAGCUGGACGGUCCGUGGAGCACAGUCGGCGACGUGGAAGCCAUCGAAAAAGAUUUGAUUAGAGCGGAAAAGGCGGUCGAGACAGCGAGAAACGCUCGAAUGAGCAACGAGACGGUCGAGAAAGCCGAGACGCGGAAGGCGGAAAUGGAAGAGAAGCGGAGGGUUACGGUGGCCGCGCGGCACCGAUUCUCGACCGCCGAGCAGACGUUGACGGAGGUCGAACGGGCCGUCGAUCGACUGACCGCCUCGGAUCUAGAGAUUGCCGACCUGAAACGAGGACUCGAGAGGGAAUCGGAGAAGUUGAGCUCGCGUGCGGCGCAGAGAAAAGAGGCGGAACGGACGGCCGAAAAGAUGGUGAGCACGGACGACGAGCUCGCGGAGCACGUUGUCCGGAGCACGCGCGAGGCGAUCGGACGCCUCGGCACGCGGUGGAGUCAACUGGAGAAGAGCAUCGAGGAGCGGUUGGAGAAGGCCAAAAGGGACCAGAACGCGUUCAUUCAGAGUGGGUCCAAGCCUAAUGUCGAUUCAAAACUAGAUAUCUCAGCUGUGGGUGGAGAUAUCAAAAAGUUGUCAACUGAACAACUGUUUAUUAAGAAAUUGUGCACAUUUUGUUAGUUAACAACUUUUUGAUAUCUCUACUGACAACCGAGAUACGUUGCUUUGAAAAGACAAUAUCAAUAAAGAAAACUUCAAAGAGUUACAGUUGUCCGGGAUGGGAUUGUAGACGAAAAAUGUCAACUAGAAACACGCAAUUUACAUCUGGAACUUUAUUUUUGUAAUUGACAACUGGAGUACUGUAGUUCUUCGAAGUGGAGACUGUACAGCACAUGAUUCAAGCGGGUCCCAACUUCCAAGCGCUACAGUACUCCAAAGAGUGCUCGUCGACAAAACUUGUCAACUACAAAAAUAGUGUACUAGAUGUCAAUAAUACGCAAAACAAUUCUGAGCCGCAUCCGACGUCUCCUAGCCCUACAGUACCCGCUAAAAGUGGAGCUUUCUCAAUAGAGCGCACUUGCUUCACUUGUUCCCUUGCACUCUUGUCUGUUUUUUGGGCGCUUAUCCCGAUCACCCAAAGAAAAAAAAAAGAAGAAAGAGGAUGAGAGAAAUGUGCGGCGGAAAAGGUUCUUGAAAAAAAAACCGUGCGGCUCGGCGAGCAAAUAUUUGUGUGUGUGUGUGUGUUGGCAUUCCGAGAUUUCGGCGGAUUUACUCUACGGGCCACCACCACCAUCACCUGAUAUUAUUGUCGAAUCAAAAUAUUGUCCGACUUUAGACGCUUCUAGAGACCUUUUUCCCUCCGAAUUUUGCAUUUCAGAACGCCUACGCGAAGGCGAAGAAGCGCUCAACGAGAUCAAAUCGGCGAUUGAGGGAAAACGAGAGUCUCUGGACGCAGAAGCCGCCGCCGAGCAUCUUGAUGUGAGUUUUUACUCGAUUUUAGAAAAUUUUGGCGUAAAAAUAUCGUUUUCCAAUCGAAAAAUGGUUCUGUUUCGCUGUUACGCCGAGAAAGGCACUUUGGCCCAGUCUGACGAUAGUGGCUCGUAGAAAAAAUGAAAUAACUUGACGAAACGUUGGAACGGUGAAAAGUUGUCAACUAGAAAGUUAUAGAGCAUAAAAAUACCUUUUGAUUCGUUUUUUAACUUUAAAGAAAGCUUUAAAAUUAACAAAGAUACACUAGUUUGAAGAUAGAUGCAAUCAGUCAACGAAGUCAAAAAGUGCACUUCAGUAAAAUGGAAGUAUUUCUGUUUCGAGCAACAAUGGUGAAAAUUAAUCAACUACAAAGAUUUUCAGCAUAAAAUUUUCUUCAAAUUCGUUUUUUAACAGUCAAAAAAUAUUGCGAAUUGACCGAGAUACACAAGUUUGAAAGUGGACUAUUUUUCUAAAAAAAAAAUUUCAUUCGAAAUUUUGUCAGCACCUCGAAAGUUCUCUCGACAACAUUUCGUCGCUGUUCGGCGAGAUCGGCUCCCUUCCGAUGGACGACGGAUCGCGGCAGAAGCUGGAGAAAUUGGCGGAAGCCAAGGACGAAAUCGCCAUCCGAGCCAAUGAGGCACUCGCCGCGCUUUCGAGGACCGUCUCCGAGUGCGAGGACUUUGAGAAGCAGAUUAUGAUGUUCCAGGUGAGCGCUAGGACACUUUGCAACCGGGCGACGUUUUGCAACCGUCGCGUUUUAUCGAGAAAAGUGGUUGAAACGUUCAAAAAGCGUGUUCAACUCGCAAUCGGGACGUUUUGCAACUGAAGUCUUGGUUGCAAAUCCUCGUUUAGUUGCAAAUCGUCCAGUUGGAGUCAUUUCGCAACCAGGACACUUUGCAACCACCGGACGACGUUUCGCAACAACAUAUUUACUGAAUCUUAUGUAAAAGUGGUAUUUUGUGUUUCCUAGUGAACGUACCACUUUUACAUAAGAUUCAGUAAAUAUGGUUGCGAAACGUCGUCCGGUGGUUGCAAAGCGUCCUAGUUGCGAAAUGACUCCAACUGGACGAUUUGCAACCAAGACUUCAGUUGCAAAACGUCCCGAUUGCGAGAUAAAAACGCUUUUUGAACGUUUCAACAACUUUUUUCGAUAAAACGCGACGAUUGCAAAACGUCGCCCGGUUGCAAAGUGCCGGCUAGUUGCGAAACGUGUCAGCCUCACGAAUAUUAUCGAUUUGUCAGAAUUGGAGCACGCGAAUCGGAUUCCUUCUGCAAGCCCGCAAAUCUGCCGACAUUUCGGCGUUCGACAUUCCGCACGAGUAUCACGUACGCGUUUGUUUGUUUGUUUGUGCUCACAAUUUUACAUUUCCACAAUAUUCCCGCCAAAAAUACACAGUAAUCCGUGUUCAGGAAGAGGUGGGAAACGAGCCCGAAAUGAUACCGGUAAGAAAUGAAAAUCGAUUCGAAUGUGUUUGAGUGGAAAACUUUUAUUUAAAACGCAUGUUUCGACUGAUAUAUUGUGAAUGAUUUGCAUGGGUUUCUUUCGUGAUUUUCAACACCGAAAAGCCUGUUUUCCUACAGAAAUUGAGUCGAGAAUUCGAUGAAUGGAAUGGAAAACUGAACGAGAUGAACUCGUUGGCAAUGGAAAAAGAGGAUGCGGUGAGGAUGAGAGAGCAGUUGGAUCACGCAAAUGUGAGUGAAAGCUGUUCAACGUUUGACCGCUUGUUGCUCAAUGGCUAUUGUAGAUUUCAAAAAAUGAGCAACAGGAAAAGUGUUGGAAAUUCCAUGCUCAACAACUUUGUAGUUGAACACUUUUCCUGAAAACUUUUAGUUUUUGAGUUGCGCCCACUUUUUCAAGCACUCUUCAUUUCAGGAAACAAUGUGCGAGUUGCGUCGCAAGUUCAACGAGUUUAAGCGUCCGAAAGGCUUUGAGGAAAAGCUGGAAAAACUGGUGGCGACCCUUUCAAACAUUGAAAUGGGACUGGACGACACGACGGGAAUCGACGGCGCCGAGUGCGGGGGCGCGCUAAUCGAGGUGCGCGCGCUCACGCGAAUGCUCGACGCAGCCCAGGAGCAGUGGAAGGAUCUCGGCGAGAAUCGGGAGCAACUGGUCAAGGACAAGAUUCUGGACGACGAGUCGGGAGCGGAGAGCCUCCGGAAGCUGCACUUCGCGAAGACCAAGUCGAAAGAGCUGUACGAGCGGAGCUCGACGUGCGUCGAACGCCUUGAGGACUGUGUGGAGAUGUUUCAGCGGUUGAGGACCGAAUCCGACGAGAUCGAAUCGUUUUUGGAGGCGAUGGAACGACGGCUGGAUGAGUACGCGGCCAGCGAUCGGCCCGAGGAGGAGGCCGUCGUGAACGAGCUGAUCAGCGAGUGGAACCGCAACGAGGCCGCCAUGAACAACGCGGCCCAUCUGCAGAGGCAGUUGAAGUGAGUUGCCAAACGAAACGGGCGUUGCAAACAGGGGUGUGCGGAAAAUAUUUCGAUUUUCCGAAAUUUUCCGAUUUUCCGAGAAAUUUUCGGAAAAUUUUCCGAAAAUUUUCGGCAAAAUUUUCGGAAAAUUAGUGUGGAUUCAAGGUCAAUUUGUCCGAAACCACCGUAUGCUUUUUAAAGGCGCAUCACAAAAUUUCGGAAAAAAAAACUGACAAUCGGAAAACACUGGACCCGGAGAGCUUCUCUCGGCUAAUUUUUUUGCAAAAAAAAUAUUCCAUUGCUUGGCUUCCGCCCACUCAAGUGAUUUCAAAUCAUAAUAAGCAUUUUUUGUAUUAGAACGUUGUUUAAACACUUUAUUGAACCAAUCAACAAGUGAGUUUUCCGAUUUUUCCGAUUUUUCCGAAAUUUUCCGAAAAAAAAGAAAUUCGGAAAACCCGAUUUUCCGAAAUUUUCCGAAAAAAAAAUUCGGAAAACCCGAUUUUCCGAAAUUUUCCGAAAAAAAUUUUCCGCACACCCCUGGUUGCAAAGUGUCGAAUCGAUUGUUUUUCAGUGAACGUGCGGUGAGGGUGAGCGACGAGGUGCUCUCGCUGAAACGUCUCCGCGCCGACGCGCUCAAAAAUCGCCUCAACUCGUGGUGCCGCACAAUUCAGGAGAUGUCCGAGGACGACGAAUCGGCGCUUCUCGAGAUCGACGCGCUGCACCACAACAUCGAGACGGCGCUGAACGAGGUGGCCGACGGCGAGCCGACGCUCAUCGCCGAAAAAUUGCGGUUCUUGCGCGCCGACCGCGAUCGGCUCUCGUCGAGAACUCGCAAGUUGGCGGCCAACAAUCCGCACCUCGUCGCCACCUCGUCCGACGUUUUGACGAGUCUGAACCGGAAGUGGAGUGAGCUGGAGCAAAAGUCGGUGGCCCCUCCUCCGCCGGCGCCACAGCUCAAAGACGCGCAGCUCAGCGAGAGCGCGCCGUUCGAGAAGAGAGUCGACGAGCUUUUCGAGCUCUUUGAGAACCUCGGAGCCCAACUCGACUUUGAGGGAUCGCCAGUCAGUACGGCGAAAGAUUAUCAGAAGCGGGUCGACGACUUGGACUCGUACUUGGACGAAUAUCGACCGCCUCUCGAUGACGUCAUCGAGGAAGGACGCAAAAUUGCGCAGACCGGCAGACUCGAGCUGCAGACGCACGCGGCAAUCGAGAAGUUGGACGAGCUGGCGAACAAGAUCGAGGAAAUUGAACACGAUUUGGAUAGACAUCGCGAUAAAGUGGCGCCGCUCGUCGAGCAGCAGGAGCAGCUGAAAAAAGUAUGAAUUCUCUCAAUUUUUAUCUUUUUUUUUAGAAAAUUUUUUCAUGAAAUGUGAUCAACUGACGAAAUGUAGAGCAAAGUGAACUCUGCUCAUAAAAAAAUAAUUGUAAAUUUAGCGAUUCAUACAAAAAAGUUAAGGGCUAACCGAAGACGGAAGGACAUUUUCACGCAACAACUCGAAUAACUUUUUUGUAUGAAAAGCUAAAUUUACAAUUAUUUUUCUAGGAGCAGAGUUCAUUUUGCUAUACAUUUCGUCAUUUGAUCACAUUUCAAGAAAAAAUUUUCGAAAAAAGAUAACAAUUCUUCCGUGUUCUUGCGUUGAGCUCAGAACCUGUUCAAAUUUUAAUCGAUAUUGUAGCGUUAGACGAUGCGCUAUGAGUCUAUAGACUUUUUUUUUCGAAUCUUGACAUCUAGCCCUUUGUUUUUGUACCAGAUGACUUUUUUGUCCGGGCCCUCUACGGCGUACUGUAGCGCUUGGAACAAAUGUCAACCUUGAAGCGUACGAAUUAGACUCCCUUCUUCCAAGCGCUACAGUACUCCUGGCAGUGGUCCUAGAAAAAAGUAACCAACUACAAAAACACUUGACUAGAUGUCAAGAUUUCACAAAAAAAUUUUGAAAGUCCUAGCGCAUCGCUGAAAUCUACAAUAUCCAUUCAAAGUUCCGCCCCCCCACCUCGCAACUAUUGUCCGUUUCCAGGACAUUGACUCGUUCCUCCUUGUCCUGGACGUGUUCGCCGAUCGAAAUCUCGAAGACGUGGAUAUUGGCAAGUCGACGCGGAAGGAGCUCGCCGAGCGCGAUGCUCACAUCGCCUCGUUGACUUCACGAGCGACUGCCAUUCAUUGUGCACUUCCCGGAAAAGGUGCGCAUAUACAAUAUUGAGUAUUUGAGUGGUUGCGAAACGUCCGCCAGACCGGCUAGGCUAUGGAGCAGAGAUGUUGGGAAUUCCGUGUUCCGUGUUCCGUGUUCCGCGUUUUUUUCAAUAUUUUUUCCGUGUUCCGUGUUCCGUAUUUCCGUGUUCCGUGUUCCGUGUUCCGUAGAAAUAAGUUUUUUCCGUUUUCCGUGUUCCGUGUUCCGUAUAAACUAUAUUUUCCGCGGAAAAAUGCUCGCCUCGUAGAUCAAAUUUAUCUCCGGAAAGAUUAGGACAAUUGACGUUUUGUGGUCAAAAUUUGAAAAUUUUCGGAUUCGGACCAUAUUCGUGAAAAGUGGAUUCCAUUUUCAGUCGUUUUUUGACUGUAGUUGUUUACUGUUGUGUUGUUGGUUUUGUUAUUUUUUUAUGAAAUUUUUCAGUAAAAACUUUCACAUGAGUCAAACAGCUGCCUUGUCAGUCAGAUAAUCGAAUUAAACAAAACAUUAUUUUUUAAAAAAAUCACUGGAAUUCUCUUGAAAACGCUUUUUUUCCGUGUUCCGUAAAAAUUUCCGUGUUCCGUGUUCCGUAAAAAAAAAAAUUUCCGUGUUCCGUGUUCCGUAAAAAAAAAAAUUUUCCGUUUUCCGUGUUCCGUGUUCCGUAGAGUAAAAUUUUUAUUCCCAACAUCUCUGCUAUGGAGCGGUUGCAAAAUGUCCCGAUUUCCAGGUCCCUCACUCCAGGACAAUAGCCUCGACGAGUUGCGCGAUCGGAUCGAGAAAUUGGAGGCGAGACUGACGAAAACGGAGAAAUGCGAGCGAGCGGCGGCACCCAAAAAAUCAGAGGCGCCCGAGGAAAAGUCGUCGCCGGACCGCACGAGCCGAAGCAGUCUUCAACUGGCGAUGGAGGCCUACGGAACGGCCACAGAGGACGACAGUGUCAUCAGCGAGGCGGGGACCGCCGUGGUCCGCUCGGAAACGGAACCGCAGAGAAUCAUAAUUCUGCCGGACGAAAGUACCCGAACGAUUGGGACCGCGCCGGAAAAGAUUGCCGAAGUGUCGACGGCGGAAUCACUGGAAGCGCGGCCGGCAGCCGAGGCGAUCGAACGGACCGUCCGCGAGGUGCCCGUCGAUGUCUACGAGGAGACUGCCAAUAUUUCGAGUGGAGACGAGCUACAGGUAUCAUUUAUUUAUCCAUAAACUUAUCGAUAAGCCUAAACUUUAUCCAGCAGACCCCCCAACCACCGGAUUCCGACGCCGAAAUCGCGUCGAUGUUCGAAGUGCUCGAUGCGAUCGAAGACGCGCACACCAAUUUUGAAGAGUUUCCAUUCGACUAUCUGGAUUCGGCUGAAAGCGAUCUGAAGGUGCCUCAAACUGAUUUCGAAUAUUUGAUAUUGUGAAACCAACGUUUUCAGAAGACACUGACACAACUGGAAUCGUGUGAAAGCACGCUGGCAAAAAGCGAAAUGACGAUGAAUAUUGUUCAAGCGGAAAGUGCACGAGAAAGAAUUACGGUAGGUCGGCACUACCGUAAUCCUAAUUUUUGACAUCUAGUACUGUCGUUUUGCUGUUGAUCACUUUGUUCUAGACCCACUCUCUGGAGUACUGUAGCUCUGGGAAGUUGGGAUUGCAUUUCAUAUUCAUCGAGCCAAUCCAAACUUUCAAGACUUACAGUACUCCAGAGAAUGAUUGUAUCGAAAAGUUGUCAAUUGCAAAAAUAUAGUACUCGAUGUGAACUUUAUUUUUGCAAUUGACAAUGUUUUGAUACAAUCACUGCCUUGUGUGCUGUAGCGCUUGAAAGUUGGCGCCAAAAAUUGUUCCGCCCAAACUACUUCCCUGGGCUACAGUACCCCGAAAAGUGCCCGAACGAAAAAGUUGUCAACUACAAAAAUCAAGUACCAAAUGUCAAGAUUUCACAAAAAAAAUUUCUAGACCCAUAGCACAUCGUCUAACGCUACAGUACCCAAUAAAAGUUGGCCGUUUACAAUGGAAAUGGGAAAAGUCGGCAAAACCUUGCUAGAACUGGACGUUUCUCGGCAAUUUUCAUCACAAAACUUUUCAAUUUCCCAUCCUCUGCCUCUUCCCGACCCAAUUCAUCGACAAUAUCAAUUCCAGAUGCUGCGUCGGAUGGCUCUUGAGCGCAAAGAGCACAAACUGCCCAAGUUUAACGAGGAGUGGAAGUCAUUGCAAGAGGUUCGCACGGAGAAAAGAGGGGGGGGGUCCCAUUCGAAUAGUUGUAAUGUCGAGAGGGUUUCCCCCCCUCAAACCCGAGGGGACCGGGCACACUCACCGAUUAUCAGAUACUUUGACUCGUCGCCGCCCGACCUACACUCACACUUUUAUUCCGAUUUUAACACGAGAUUUCGACUAGUUUCACACGAGAUUUCUGCGUUCAUAGACGUUUUGCAACUGAUGGACACUUUGCAACUAAAAGACGUCUUGCAACUAAUGGACACUUUGCAACUAUUGGUUGCGAAAUGUCUCAAAUUGUGAACUGUCUAUUCCUUUCUACCGCAAUUUUUUAAAAUUUCCAAGUUCUAGUUCCAAAAGCCGCCAUUUUGCCACCGGGACGUUUUGCAACUGAUGGACACUUUGCAACUAAAAGACGUCUUGCAACUAAUGGACACUUUGCAACUAUUGGUUGCGAAAUGUCUCAAAUUGUGAACUGUCUAUUCCUUUCUACCGCAAUUUUUUAAAAUUUCCAAGUUCUAGUUCCAAAAGCCGCCAUUUUGCCACCGGGACGUUUUGCAACUGAUGGACACUUUGCAACUAAAAGACGUUUUGCAACUAAGAUACUUUGCAACUAUUGGUUGCGAAAUGUCUCAAAUUGUGAACUGUCUAUUCCUUUCUACCGCAAUUUUUGAUAAUUUCCAAGUUCCGGUUCCAAAAGCCGCCAUUUUGCCACCGGGACGUUUUGCAACUGAUGGACACUUUGCAACUAAAAGACGUUUUGCAACUAAGAUACUUUGCAACUAUUGGUUGCGAAAUGUCUCAAAUUGUGAACUGUCUAUUCCUUUCUACCGCAAUUUUUGAUCAUUUGACAGUUCCGGUUCCAAAACCAGCCAUUUUGCAACCGGGACGUUUUGCAACUGAUGGACACUUUGCAACUAAGAUACUUUGCAACUAUUGGUUGCGAAAUGUCUCAAAUUGUGGACUUUCUAUUCCUUUCUACGGCAAUUUUUGAUAAUUUGCAAGUUCCGGUUCCAAAUGCCGCCAUUUUGCCACCGGGACGUUUUGCAACUGAUGAACACUUUGCAACUAAACGAUGUUUUGCAACAAAUGGACACUUUGCAACUAUUGGUUGCGAAAUGUCUCAAAUUGUGAACUGUCUAUUCCUUUCUACCGCAAUUUUUGAUCAUUUGACAGUUCCGGUUCCAAAACCAGCCAUUUUGCAACCGGGACGUUUUGCAACUGAUGGACACUUUGCAACUAAGAUACUUUGCAACUAUUGGUUGCGAAAUGUCUCAAAUUGUGGACUUUCUAUUCCUUUCUACGGCAAUUUUUGAUAAUUUCCAAGUUCCGGUUCCAAAAGCCGCCAUUUUGCCACUGGGACGUUUUGCAACUGAUGGACACUUUGCAACUAAACGAUGUUUUGCAACAAAUGGACACUUUGCAACUAUUGGUUGCGAAAUGUCUCAAAUUGUGAACUGUCUAUUCCUUUCUACCGCAAUUUUUGAUAAUUUCCAAGUUCCGGUUCCAAAAGCCGCCAUUUUGCAACUGGGACGUUUUGCAACUGAUGGACACUUUGCAACUAAAAGACGUUUUGCAACUAAUGGACACUUUGCAACUAUUGGUUGCGAAAUGUCUCAAAUUGUGGACUUUCUAUUCCUUUCUACCGCAAUUUUUGAUCAUUUGCAAGUUCCGGUUCCAAAAGCCGCCAUUUUGCCACCGGGACGUUUUGCAACUGAUCUGCAACCGGUUAAUUUCAGUUAAUCCAACUCGCGGACCAGUUGGUCGACGACGCCGAACGAUACGAAUCCGACAAUAUUGCGACGAUGGACCGCAAAUCGGCGCCGAUUCUGCUCGGCGAGCUGCGCAAAAAAGUGGCGAGCGCCGAGCGGCCGGUCAUUGAUUUGAUGAAGAAAUUGUCGCAAUUGGUCCCGCGAAUGCAGGACGACUCGCCGAAAUCGCAAGACGUCCGCAAACGGGUCUACGGGCUCGAGGACCGCUUCCGAAAAGUGGGCCAGGCCGAGUCGGCCGCCAUUUCGACGGCGCUUUCAAGCGCGCUCACCGAGCCCGAGCUCAACUCCGAACUCGCCGAAAUGCGAUCGUGGUGCGAGUCUGCGGAGAAGGAGGCCGCGCAAAAUGUGAACUCGCUCGACGGAGACGGUCUCGAGAAGUUGGACGGACGGUUGGCGAUGUUCGCGAGGGAACUGCAGGAAAAGUGAGUGUAACUUGGGAUCGGGACAGUUUUGGAUGAAAUGAUCAAUUACAAAGUUGUAGAGCAUGAAAUUUUACACAAUUUUGUUGUUGAUCACUUUUUGAAAUAAUCACUGGUUCUUGAGAUAUGUGCAUCUAAAAAAAGAAUUUUUCUCGUAGUAUUUUAUGUUAAUGCUAUUCAGAAAAAACGCUUUAUCUCAGAAAUAACGCUUUUCUGAUUAAAAUGAUCAAUUACAAAGUUGUAGAGUGUAAAAUUGUCUGCAACUUUUCAAUUGAUCACUUUUCAAAAUAAUGAUCAGUUCUCAAGGAUACACGUCUUCAAACACAAUCAAUUUCAGAAAAAGCGACAUGGUGCAGCUGGAAAUGGCGAAGAACAUGAUCAUUCCGAGUCUGAAGGGCGACGCGCAUCACGAUCUCCGUCGUCACUUCUCCGACACGGCGAAACGAGUGGCGAUGGUGCGUGACGAGCUGAGCGACGCGCACAAAUGGGUCUCGGCGUCGCGGGAGACGUGCGACGCGUUCUGGAAGGACAUUGACGCGCUGGAAGGGCUGUCGCGCGACGUGGUUCGGAGGGCGAACGCCAUUCGGAUGGCCGUCAUUUACACGCCGUCGCGCGAGAACGUCGAGGGGUGUCUGAGAGAUGUGCAGAGGUUGAAGGCCUCUGUCGGCGACAUUAAGAAGAGGGUACAGACGGCCAAUCUGCCACCGGCUAUCAAGUUGGCCGGCAGAAACGCAAAGGUACGAGUUUUUACUAGAGAAAUCCCAGCGCCACGGAACCCCAGCCUUCCAAUCAAGAAUUCCCUUGGCGCAAUUCGAGUCGGUGACAAAAGGUCGAAAAAAAAGUGACAAAAGGUCGGAAAAAAGUGACAAAAGAUUGGAAAAAAGUGACAAAAGAUUGGAAAAAAAAGUCAAAACAUCGAAAAAAAAAGACAAAAGGUCGGAAAAAAUGCCAAAAGGUCGGAAAAAAUGCCAAAAAGUCGGAAAAAAUGCCAAAAAGUCGGAAAAAAUGCCAAAAAGUCGGAAAAAAUGCCUAAAGGUCGGAAAAAAUGCCAAAAGGUCGGAAAAAAUGCCAAAAGGUCGGAAAAAUGCCAAAAAGUCGGAAAAAAAGCCAAAAGGUCGGAAAAAAGUGACAAAAGGUUGGAAAAAAGUGACAAAAUGUCGGAAAAAAUGCCAAAAGGUCGGAAAAAAUGCCAAAAAGUCAGAAAACAGGUAUUUUAGCAGUUUUUCCGACCUUUUGGCAUUUUUUCCGACCUUUUGUCACUUUUUUUCCGACCUUUUGUCAUUUUCUUCCGAUCUUUUGACUUUUUUUUCCAACCUUUUGGCAUUUUUUCCGAUCUUUUGACUUUUUUUUCCAACCUUUUGGCAUUUUUUCCGACCUUUUGGCUUUCCGACCUUUUGUCGCGGACUCGCGUAACGCGUAAUUCCGGAGCGUCGUUGUAGAGAGUUUCUCAUUUAAAUUUUCUCAUUUUUUUGCAUUAUCCCCAUCGUUUCAGAACCAAUCAGUGUCAAAACUUAUGAGAAUGAUUAGAAAUGAAUAAAAAUGAAAUGUUAACUGCUUCGUCAUCAAUUUCGAAACGUUUUAAGUGAAAAUUACAGCAUUUUUUUUCCUUUUCAAAUCGAAAUUUUGCCUCAAUUAUCUCAAUUCUGUAUAUUUUUCGACGGUUGAGCGCUUAAAAGAUGCGCAAUAAACUGCUUGUUGACUCGAUUCGGCAAAUAAUCGUUAAAACUCUGUUUUUUUUCAGUAGUUUUCGACAAAAUUCCUCAAUUUGGUCAAUUCCGAACGAAUCUGCUCCGUUUUGCGCUUAAAUCAAUGCUUGUAAAAGAGAGAAAAUAACAAAAUUUGAGUGUUUAUUAAGAGAAAAACGAAAGAAUUCUGGUUUUCAAUUGAAAAAAGACGGUGGAUGCAAGCGCGCCCCAUUGACAAUUCGCUUGCGCAUUGGAAUGCUGGGGGGUUCCGUGGGCCAGCUAGGUUUAGUCGAAAACUAAAAGUUAGGCCAUGAGCGCAUUUAUUUUAAUUUGCAGCGAGUGGUCCAGGUGCUCACCGAGUCGGCCUCAACAAUCGCCGACUGUCACGAUCUGAGUUCGUACCUCCGGGACGAGAUGUCGGAAUCCGGAGGCGACACUACGGAAUCGCGGAGUACGGUAGUCGAGAUGAGUCCGCAGCACGCGAAACAGAGCUCGAGCGCCUCGAAAACGCCGUCGGCCGGAUCGGAAGAGGAAGAAGAAGAAGAAGAGGAGGAUCGGACAGUGCACGCCGACGACGACGACGAGCAACAAUCGGAAGAGGACCGCAAGACGUACUCGCGCGAAUCGAGUUCCACUCUGCCACGUGGAUCCGGGGCGCCGGAUCCAGUGGCCAUCCAGCUGACGCACACCCGUCACUGGCUGCACGACGUCGAACGGGACGCCUCCGUCACUGUCGAUUUGUCCGAAUGGCAGCCGGCUCGCGAGCUCUGGCAGAGCAUUCAGGGCAUUGUCGACGAGAUCCGGUUGCGAAGUGUCCAGGUGACUGGCGCUCACGACGCCAGCCCGAAUCGGCAAGUGCGCCAGCAGGCGGCACAGUUGGUAAGUCCGAACUAGAACUUUGCAAGCAACAAGAAACGUUCAGCUGACCGAAAUGCGUCGGACGAUCGACGGAUGCGAGAAGCGGUGCGUCAUCCUCAAUCACAUUUCCGACGUGGCGCGUCAGAACGAGACGGCGCGCGCCGAGCAGGAAUCGUGGCUGAAGAGCGCGUUGGACGUGAUCGGCGAGCGACGAGUCGAAGAGUUGACCGAGGAAGCGGUGAGGCACGAGCUGGCGGCGCUCGAAAGAGUCGUCGAGCAGUUGGAGGAGAGAAAGGACAAGAUGCAGGAGAUCAACACGCAGGUUAGUUCCACGAAAAAGGUUGGAAAAUAAUCCGUAAUGCGUCGAUUUCAGGCGCACAAAAUCGUCGACACGUACACCAAAGACGAGGCGCACAACUUGUCGCAUCUGCUGAGCCGGCUCAACAUGAGUUGGACCAAGUUCAACGACAAGUAUGUCUUUUGUUCUCAUCAGAGCUAACAAGAUGGGCGUGGCCUCGGCGGCCAAAUGGCGUUUUCAUGAAUUGAGCACGUUUUCUCUGAUUUUUGUCGUCAAAGGCGAUGAAAAAUGAUUGUUCGACAUGAAAACACACUAAUUCUCAGAAUUAAUGACGUUUUGGCGCAUUUUUCGCGGAUUUCGUUUUUUCGCCUUCUCAUUUUGCGUUUUCUUGACCGUUUUCCGACAGAAUUGGUUUUCAGAAUGAUAAAUCACGUAAAUACAAGCAUUUUGAGCGCUCGAACCGCGAAAACUACCGAAAAGCAACUGAAAUUCACGCAGUUUUAGCCAAAAACCUUCAAACGGAUAAAUGUAAUGUGCGACUUGACCAAAUUUGACGCUCUUGCGCUUAAAAAAUUCUAUCAAGAGACAAAUGAGAAAUUAUCGAUUUUUCGUGGCUAAUCUGGCGAAAAACACAAAUUUUGCUGUUAAAAUUUGAAUUUCGCGCCAAUGUAUCGCUCUAUUGUCAGCUCUGAGGAGACCGUGCCCCCCAAACCCUGUCGCUUUUCAGCAUCCGCAUCCGUCGUGCCGUGCUCGAAGCGUCGCUCCGUUCGCGCCGAGACUUCCACUCGGCGCUCGCCGAAUUCGAGCUGUGGCUGGGACGGCAGGAGGCGAGUUGCGAAAGACUGGCGCGGGAGACGGCGAACGUGCAGGCGAUCAAGGACGCUUCGCGACGGAAACACUGGACGAACGGCUACAAGACACUGAGCGCGGAGCUGAAUGCGCACGAGGACGUGAUGAAGAGUGUGGAGAGCAUGGGCAAAAUGCUCGUCGAGGGGCUCGAACCGGGCGGCGAGAAGGCCGAACUGCAGAAGAGAGUUGUGGAGACGGCGAGGAGGUGGAGUGCGGUCAGGAAGACCACCACUGAGAUCGGGUCAGUUUUAAAGGUUUUGAGCGUUUCCUCCAAUCCUGGACGUUUUGCAACCGAGAGACACAAAGCUGUUUCCUGGUUGCAAACUGUCUUCAAAAUCCACGGACGCUUUGAAACGGAAGAAUUUUUAUCUUUUUUAGAAAAUUUUUUCAUGAAAUGUGAUCAACUGACGAAAUGUAUAGCAAAGUGAACUCUGCUCAUAGAAAAAUAAUUGUAAAUUUAGCUUUUCAUACAAAAAAGUUAAGGGCUAACGGAAGACGGAAGGACAUUUUCACGCAACAACUCGAAUAACUUUUUUGUAUGAAAAGCUAAAUUUACAAUUAUUUUUCUAUGAGCAGAGUUCACUUUGCUAUACAUUUCGUCAGUUGAUCACAUUCCAUGAAAAAAAUUUCUAAAAAAGAUAAAAAUUCUUCCGUUGAGUUCUUGCGCUCAACUCUGUUUGAAACCAUAGCAAAACGUCGACUCUUUCUCUACAUUUCUCUAGAUUUCUCUCGAUGGCCUAGCUUUAAAACAUUUGGUUGCAAAACGUCCUCCCCCUCUCGAAAACUGUCCAAACUCACUCAUUUCAGAGAACGUCUGGAAAGGGCGGAGCAAGAGUGGGAGAAACUGUCCGACGGGCUCGCCGAGCUGCUCUCGUGGAUCGAAACGAAAGCGCAGAAAGUGAUGGAAGAGCAGCCGGUGGCCGGCAGUCUCUCGGCCGUCAUGCAACAGGCCUCGUUCGUCAAGAGUGUGCAGCGGGAAAUUGAGACGAGGACGAGUUUGUACAAGAGUACGGUAGAGGAGGCGCACUCGUUCCUGAUGCAACACGACCUGCGGCCGAAAUUGCACAGUCCCCAAGUGUUGGACGACGAUAACGAACAAGAGGGUUCGGUUUUAUUAUUUCAAAUAAACUUUAGACACACCCCAGAGAGACUAAACUCAUUUGUCAAAAAAGUUUAUUUUAAACAUUUCGCUGCGGCGGAGCCGAGGUUCUGAGGUUCCUGAGACAUUACACUAAUAAAAGUGCUAUUAUUGUCGAAUUCACUAGAGACAAUGGAAGCGGCAAUUCGAGGUUUGAACGUUUUGAAAACAGUAUUGUUGUUCUUUGACUAUUUAAACAGUUGAGAAUGGGUACUGGUUAGAAACAGGAGCAUAUCUCGAAAAGCGACAAAUUUUCGGGCGAAAUGAUCAACUGCAAAGUUGUAGAGCACAAAAUUUGCAACAACUUUGCAGUUGACAACUUUUUGAAAUAAUCACCGAUUCUCGAGAUAAAAGUCAUCAAAGACAGCCAAUUGCAGAGCUCGCCAACUUGGAGCAACGCCGCCGCGGGCUCGAGAUCAACGCAAAUUGCGAGAAGCUCAAAAAGAACUGGGCGGAGCUGGGCGUCGAAGUCGAAAGUUGGGACAAACUCGUGCAGCACGCGAUGCAACGCCUUCAGGAGCUGGAGCGGAAUCUGGCAGAGUGCCAACUGCAUCUGACGUCAUCGGAGAACGAGAUCGAGUCGAUGAAGGCGGUGGAGAAGAUCCAUUUGGAGGAUCUGAAGAUUGCCCGCGAGGAGACGGACCAGAUCAGCCGGCGCAUCGAUGAAGUACGCCUUUUUGUGGACGAUGUGAACGACGCGGCCGCCCGCUUGCUCGCCGAGGAUUUGAAGUUGGACGAGCACGCGAGCGGACAAAUCGAGCACGUCAACAAGAGGUUUGCGCAUUGGGAACUGUCUCAGAACAAAAAAAGAAACGGUAACUUUUUGCAGGUACACCACACUAAAACGCGCGAUUCGAAUCCGUCAGGCGGCGGUUCGGAAUGCGGCCUCCGACUUUGGACCCACCUCCGAACACUUUCUCAACCAAUCGGUCACUCUUCCGUGGCAACGGGCCAUCAGCAAAUCGAACCUUCUCCCCUACUACAUCGAGUGAGUCUGAUCGAGUUUUUCUUGCUUUUUCCAGUUGACAACUUUUUUGUCGGCGGGCAUUUUUGAGGUUGGGACAGCAACAUUCGCGUGCAAAACUAGUCGUAACUCACGGUCUCCCAGGGGGCGCUAAUGCUAAACACAGUGCGCUCGAAAAUUGCGGAGUGUCGUUGUAACUUUUUUGAAAAUUUGCACGUCUAAAAAUGCACUUUUCUUUCUUUUUGACUUGAAAAACGUCUAGAAAACAAUAUUUUACUGUGCGGAAACCGUUCUUUACACAAUUUAGAGUUUUUUAUGUUUUUCGCAUUUCGUCAAAACUUCAAACCUUUAUAUUUCAGCUCAUUUUGCAUUUCAUGAGCGCAACAAACGAUAAAAAUGUUCGCUGAAUCUUUUUUCACAAAAUCUAGGUUUCGGCGGUUAGUUUUCUUGAGCAGUUUUCGAAAACCAUUCGAAAAACAUCAAAAUCCAGGCCAAAACGUUAAAAUCGAAAUAACUCGGCUAAUUCUCAACGAUAUGCGAGAUUUCUGUUACCAAAACGUAGCUAUUGAAAAUUAUUUAAAAACUAAUCGAAAAUUAAUUAAUCGGCCGCCGCGUAAAUCGACACAGCCCGCGUGUUGCAAGUGCGCCCCAUUGAAUCAUCAUUCGCGCCGUGGGAGACCGUGUAACUUCCAAGCGCUACAAAAAGCAAGUACAAGACUUCAAGAUUCCGCAAAAACAAAGUUCUAGAACCGUAUGACGUCUCCAAGCCCUACAAUGCCGAUUCAAAUUCACUUGCUUUUCAGACAAACAACGGAGAAGACGCAGUGGGAACACCCCGUGUGGGUCGAGAUUCUCAAAGAGCUCUCGCAGUUCAACCGCGUCAAAUUCAUCGCCUACCGGACGGCGAUGAAGCUGCGUGCGCUGCAGAAGCGUCUCUGCCUCGAUCUCGUCGACCUGCCGCUGCUGGAGAAGGCGUUCGUCCGUCUGAAGGGACUGUCGGCCGAGGAGUGUCCCGGACUCGAGGGCAUGGUCUGCGCGCUGCUGCCCAUGUUCGAGGCGCUCCACGCAAAAUAUCCGCAUCAGGUGCAGAGUGUCUCGCUCGCCGUCGAUGUCUGCAUCAACUUUUUGUUGAAUCUCUUCGAUCAGUGAGUGCCGUUGUUAUCGAUUAUUUUUCGAUAGACGCGCGCGCGCCACGGCGACCAAAAGACGCGUUUUCUGAAAAUUGCCGCCAUUUUUGUGUUUGAUAUCGACGAAAGAAGACAUUAAUGAGAGAAAACAUUGAAAUUUUCGUGAAAACGCCGCGUUUGAGACGUUUUUGGCAUAUUUCGCAAUACGCUCUCCGCGGCCAAUCGCCGCCGCAAUUUCGGAAUUUUCAUACCGGCCGAUGUGGAUAGUUUUGAGACGAAGUGAGUGUCGGAAGUGAUUAAGCACGUUAAUACAAGUAUUUUAAGCGUUCAAACGGCAAAAAGUAUCGGCGAAUGACUGAAAUUCGCGCAUUUUCAGCACAAAACUUGAAAAUCGAUUGAAUUGAUUCAAUCUCUGAAUGAAACCUGCUCGUUUUAAGCUCAAAAAGUGCGCGAUGAUUAGUUUAACAAAGUUAUGCGACUAAAUCGUCGAAACCCGUACAAAAUUUGGGUGAUUUUUGACGAAAAACAUGAAAAAUAGGGGGUUAAAUUUCGAAUUUCGCGCCAAAAUGGUGAUAAACUGUGCACGCUGGCCCUACGUUUUUUUUAACGCAUUCAUCUGCAGAUCACGCGACGGAAUAAUGCGAGUGCUCUCGUUCAAAAUCGCUCUCAUCGUCUUUUCGAAUAUUCCGCUAGAAGAAAAGUAUAAAUGUAAGUGAUUGGCGCGCUCAAACACUCAGAAAAUCGUUUCAAAUUUCAGACCUGUUCAAACUAGUCUCUCAGGACGGUCACGCCACUCAAAAACAAGUGGCCCUGCUCCUCUAUGAUCUUAUUCACGUGAGUGCAUUUACUGAAAAAAAUUACCAAAAAAAAAGAGAGCGAAAAAGUUCAGAUCCCUCGACUCGUCGGCGAAUCGGCCGCUUUCGGCGGCACCAAUGUGGAGCCGUCGGUGCGCUCGUGCUUCGAAUCCGUUCGCUUGGCGCCCACCAUCUCCGAAGGCGCUUUUAUCGAUUGGGUCCGCAAGGUAGGCACACAGAGACCAGUACUUGGAUAAUUCGCUUCUUUUGUUGAAGGAACCUCAGUCGAUCGUGUGGCUAGCUGUUAUGCAUCGGCUAGUCGCGUCGGAGAAUACGAAACACGCGGUGAGUGGUUGUUUUAGAUUUUCAAGUUACUCACAUUGUCGACUCUAAGAAAAUCGCUUUCUUUCGACACCUGUAUCUCGAGAAUUAA